AUGACACGUGGAAGACAUCAACAUCUUGCACCGCCAUCGAAAGUGGCUAAAGUAAAUCGUCUGCGCUUCUUUUGUCAUAUAUUAAGGAGACCGGCAGAUCGCCUUCUUCAACGAGUUCUGGGGAGUUUGCCGGGUUCAAGCUGGAAGAAGCCACCUGGCCGAAAACGGAAGUUCUGGACUGAGGUGGUGAAAGAGGACCUGAGGACACUUGGCGUGGAUAGGCAGUUCAGGCGAGACGUAAGGUUUCGCAGAAUAUGGAACAACGACGAAUGGAUUGAUUCUGUGCAAGCUCUCGCAGAAGAUCGAGAAGGUUGGGCAGAGCUGUGUUCAAGGACGGCACACCUCGGCGAAGAUGCGGGUAAUCGCGUCAGGCGAUGA